CUAAAAAGAAGAAUGGCAAGCCAUAAUUACCUUCUUUCCUGUUCUAACCAUUAUGCUCCAAUGAGCAUGAUGAUCAGAAUGCCAUCCGCUGCUGUAAAUAAUGGCUCACUUGUAACUCGUAGAGCUGCCACUAAUUGCUCGUUCACCGCCGCCACCACCCCCUCGCCAGAGCCACCUUUAAGGCGGUCUGCUAAUUACCAGCCGAACCAGUGGGAUUACAACUCCAUCAAGUCACUAGACAGUGACUUUGAUCAAGUUAAGGCACGUACAACAAUAUUGUUUGCAGAGCUGAAGGAGGAGGUGAGAUCUUUAAUCAAGCAAGAGAAUAAGUUCGUAGCGCGGCUUGAGUUGAUUGAUGAUAUUGAACAUCUUGGUUUAGAACAUCACUUUGGAGAAGAGAUCAUGGAUGCACUUACUUCCAUAUCUGCCAAGAGUGAUCAUAUCUCAGUGGUCAUGAAGGAAGACCUCCACCCCACGGCUCUGUUAUUCAGAUUGCUUAGGCAGCAUGGUCUUCAUGUCUCUCAAGAUGUAUUCAGUCAUUUCAAAGAUGAGAAAGGGAGUUUCAGAGUGUCUCUUCUUGAGAAGGAUGUGCAGGGAUUGUUGAGUUUAUAUGAAGCUUCAUUUCUUGGUUUUCAUGGAGAGGAAACACUAGAAAAGGCAAGGGAUUUCACUACUAAACAUCUUGUUAAUCUUAUCCCAUGCAUGCAUCCACACAUGAAGGAGAAAGUGCAACGCUCACUGGAACUUCCAUUACAUUGGAGGAUGCGGAGGUUGGAGGCGAGAUGGUAUAUUGACCAAUAUAAGACGUCAGAGAACAUGAAUCCAAUUUUGCUUCAAUUUGCCAAGCUUGAUUUCAACCUGGUGCAGAGCACACACCACAAGGAACUCCAGAAAACGAUAGAGUGGUGGAAAAAAUUGGGACUUGGGGAGAGAACAAGCUUUGCAAGGGACAGGUUAGUGGAGUGUUUCUUUUGUGCGGUUGGAAUUGUGUUUGGUCCACAACACGGGUUCUGUAGAGAAGAAAUCACAAAAGUCAUGGCUCUGAUAACAACAUUGGAUGACGUUUAUGACGUUUAUGGAUCAUUGGAUGAACUUCAGCUAUUCACUAAGGCAGUAGAAAGGUGGCAGUGUGAUGGAAGUGAAGAGCUGCCAGAGUACAUGAAGAUAUUCUACAAUUCUCUCUACAACACUGCAGAGGAAUUGGCUAAUAAAAUUCAGAAACUCGAGGGAUGGGAUUGUAUGCCAUAUAUUGGAAAAGCGUGGGCAGAUCUAUUCAAAGCUUUCUUAAGAGAAGCAGAGUGGCAUUACAGUGGUUAUAAACCAAGGCUUGAAGAGUACCUUAACAACGGUUGGAUAUCAGUGUCAGGGCAUGUUAUAUUGGUACAUGUGUUCUUGUUAUCAGAUCGACGAGGAAAAACAAAGGAAGGAUUACAACACCUGAUGAACUAUCCAAAUCUCAUCAAGUCUUCCUCCAUGAUCUUUAGACUUUGCAAUGAUAUAGCAACAUCGGCAGCAGAGUUAGUAAGAGGUGAUACUCCAACAUCCAUGCACUGCUAUAUGAGCGAGUACAACACGACUGAAGACCAAGCACGUAGAGAAAUAUGGAAUCUAAUUAGUAAAUCAUGGAAAGAACUCAAUGAAGGGCUUAGUGAUUGCAGUCCACUAUCACUGUUCUUUGGUAAGACGGCCAUGAAUCUUGCAAGGGUGAUGCAUUGUGUAUACCAGCAUGGUGAUAGCCAUGGGGCUCCAGAUCAGGACAAGGAGAACCAGAUCAAAUCUCUCUUCUGCGAGGCUAUGAAGCUCGAGUAACACAUUUCCUUGUACGAACAUAAGACACUUAAUAAUCAUUUAAUACUCUAGCUUUAUCUUAAUAAGAUAAAUAUAUGAAGAAAAAUCAAUAAGUGUAUCUGUGUGUAUGUCGUCACCCUCCGGUGCCUACGUCAUCUCUUGGUUGAUAUUAUCUCUUGCCUCGGCAAGUGUAAUGUCUUUGUUUAUGUUCUCAUCCCUUGUAAUCAUUUUUUUUUUUUUAAUUAUUCUCAUAGUUGGUAAUUAGUUU